UGCAGUUGGUUGUGUUGGUCCGUGUCAUGAGGAGACUUCUUGGGCCACACUUCACCAUGAAGCUCUGCGUGAGUCUGACUGUUUUGGGAAUUCUCCUACACGACGUCUCUUCCACAAUUCAUUCACUGAAGUAUUUCUACACUGCUUCAUCUGGAGUCCCCAAUUUCCCAGAGUAUGUGUCUGUUGGGUUGGUCGACGACAUUCAGUUUAUUCAGUGCGACAGUGUGACCAAGAAACAGCAUCUCAAACAGGACUGGAUGAAGAAAGUGACAGAAGACGACCCUCAGUACUUGGACACACAGACUCAGAUCUGUUUGGGUAACCAGCAGACCUUCAAAGGCAACAUUGACACCGCAAAGCGGCGCAUGAACCAAACUGGAGGGGCACACAUUGUCCAGUUCAUGUACGGCUGUGAAUGGGACAGUGAGACCAACAGAUUGACUGGACACUGGCAGUUUGGCUACGAUGGAGAAGAUUUCAUUGCGUUUGACCUGGAGACAAAAACAUGGACCGCACCAAGACAAGAGGCCUUCAUCACCAAACUCAAGUGGGACCAGGAAGAAGCUGCCAAUGUUGGGAGAAAACACUACCUCACCCAGAUCUGUCCUGAGUGGCUGCAGAAGUACGUCAGUUAUGGGAAGGACACUCUGAUGAGAACAGUGCUCCCCACUAUCUCCCUCCUGCAGAAGUCGUCCUCGUCCCCGGUCACCUGCCACGCCUCAGGUUUCUACCCCAACAGAGCCAUGCUGUUCUGGACUAAAGAUGGACACGAGCUCUAUGAGGGCGUGGACCCCGGGGAGAUCCUGCCCAACCACGACGGGACCUUCCAGAAGAGUGUGGAGCUGGACGUGUCCUCGAUCCCAUCUGGAGACUGGGGCAGGUACCACUGUGUGUUCCAGCUGUCUGGAGUCAAAGAGGACGUCCUCACAAAACUGGACAAAGCCGUGAUUAGGACCAACGAGAAGUCCAACACUUCUCUGAUCAUCAUUGCUGCUGUGGUCGGUCUCUGUGUGGCUGUGGUGGCUGUUCUUGGGUUUGUCCUGUACAGGAGGAGGGCCGCCAAACGUCCUCCAUCCCCUGUGAGUGAUCCAGAGGUCGAGGAGGAGCUUAAUCCAAAAUCUUAAACCCUGUGCAGGAGGAGUGGAGUCUUCCAGUUGGAUGCACUUGUUAUUCUCAGAUGUCAUAAACUUUUACAAACCGGAUUGAUGCUUUAGGCUUUCAAAAUGAUGACUUAUUUUCACUACGCAAUUUACAGAUGCAAAAUUACCUUUCAAAUAGAGCUCAGUUAGACACAUUACAAAUUUAUGUUGAACUUGUUUUUGCUAAUAGUCAAAGCAUCGAUCUAUUUUCCAGUUGUUCUUCAUUCAUUUGUCUGGCAUUAUUAACCAUAUACACAAUAGUUACAAUAGUGGUUUCUGCUGAAGGGGAUUCUUGGCUCAUUAUCUACAGUUUUAUUGCAUCGAUUGACUUGUAAAUGAUCUUAAAAUACAUCAUAUACAUAUUUGAAGGGAGGAGACAUUAAAAAUAAAAGUAAUUAAUUAUAUUUAAGUCUCACUGGAGUUUUAAACAAACGUAGAAUAUAAAUACAAACUGUACAAAGUGGAUUAGAUCAAACAUAAACUAAACUGUAUCAAAUGUAGUAUUUUUGAAGCCAAUAUUCAAGAGACAUAUUCACAUGUUUAGGUUAAGAGGGGUUUUUUUUUGCCAUUUUGAAACAUAAUUAAAUAGAUGUGGAGUGUCUUCAGUAAAAUGGUUCCCUGAAAACAGUUUGAUCAUGAAGAAGAGAAUCCUACAGUUGUCAUGAUUAUUUAUCAAAGAUGUAAAUAUGUUUAUACAGAUUUUUGAAGAAUUUACUUUUCAAAUGUGAAGUAGAUUAGAGGGUUUUUUAUUUUUUAUUUUGAGGGGUUCUUGUUUAAAAAUAUAGUCUCACAGUUGGGAUAGAACAUGUUUUGACUUUUGUGAAUCUGAAAUUUCACUGUUUCCCAUGAUCUGCUUUUGUUCUGCUGUUUGGAUUUUAAAUACAAAUUCCCAACUUCAAAUGUGGUUGUUGUACUUGAUUUCUUCAUUUGUUUUUAUAUUUCAGUUCAAAAACGUGCUACUUAUUUACACUGUAUGGAUGUAUGGAUGUUAUAAUUUGAUAUUUGACCUGGAACAAUUAUGUAAAAUGGAAACUAAUGAUCAGCCCAAAAAGUUCACAAUGGGCUAAUCCUCCAGCUCGUUUCUCCUACUGAGCCACAGACAGGUUGUACAUUUCUGUAUUAAAGUGUAGGCUCACGACAGAGGGGAUAUCCAGCCUAAAUGUGAAAGAAAAUACAUCUACAUACAUAUUGUUGUGGUAAAGUUUGUAAACCCCACAGAGCAGCUGGAUAUACACGAAACACACGACUGUUCUGCUUUGAGCUGAUUACAGGUGCAAAGUGAACAAAAGCACUAAAGAACAGUGUUAUGAUCUUAUACAUGUCAUUAAAGUGAGUGUUGAUGACAUUUGAGGCUGUUAAAGAGAAUUGGGAAACUCCUUUGACUCUCGUGAACGCUCAAAAUGAAGGAGAAGACAAAGGGCUAAAGGGCAGAACUGGGAUUAGGCCUAAGAAUGAAGUUUAUUAGACUAGUGAACCUCACAUCACUGGGUUUACCACGGCCUUGUGCACCUUUAUUUCAGCCUAGAAA